AUGGGGCAAGUUGUGAGUCUAGUGGAUUCCUCUCAUUCUCGGGGAUUUGCAUUGCAUGAUUUACGGCCAUCCUGCUUCAAGUUAUUGCCAUCAAAUCAGGUUAUUUAUCUUGGAUCAUCUGGCCAGGAAGCAAAGGUAGAGAAUGUUGUGGAUGAAGACAUUCACCAUUCAGAGCGUGGUCAAAAUGAGAUAAUGCCAUUAGUACAGCAUGGGUUUCCUGUUUUCAAUCCAUGGGCAAAGAAAUGGAAGUUUGGGGAGAAUAUUGCUGGCCCAUGUGUCUCUUGGAAUAGCUUUGAUGAAGCGCAUAAGUGUAAAACAGAAUAUAAAUCCCUGAGCAAAUCCACCAGCUCUAUCGUGUCUGAUAAUACAUCACAGCCAGUGUCGAGUUCUGAUAGCAACCCAAUUGAAGAAAAGUGGUAUACUAGCCCUGAGGAGCUUAUUGGGAGGUAUUGGGCAUUCUCGUCAAAUAUCUACUGUCUGGGGGUUCUUCUGUUUGAGGUUAGAAAGGACUGUUGGGCAGAAUAG